AUGGUACAAUCAUCGCCGGCUAAUACGGAUAUUGAUGCAUCAUUAAUUGCGACGUUGAGAGUGUUAGCGUCAGAUAAAUUUGGCAAAGAAGUUAAAGUCAGAGCGAUGGCUGAUGGUGGAUCACACAUGUGUAUGAUUUCACGGCGUUUACAGCAGCUAUUAGAUCUUGAGCAAAGAAAAUUGUCUGUGCCAAUGGAGGGUGCCGGCCGAUGUGGUAUAGACUCAAAAACUUUUGUUGAUUUGAAAAUUUCACCAGCGGACGGCGGUUCGAGUACUGGUGAAUGGAUUAGAGCUGGUGUUAUGAGUGUGGUUUCGGGUAAAUUACCACCAACUCAGUUCGAUAUUUCAGACUGGAAUCAUUUAGAUGGCUUGCCAUUAGCAGAUGAGACAUUUAAUAUGCCCGAUGAUAUUGAUAUUUUGUUAAGCGUAGAAUUUAUGGCACGCAUUCAAGGUAACAAAAUUAUAAGAGAUCAUAGCAAUUCGAAUCGUCCAGUGGUGAGCUACACUACAUUUGGCUGGAUUGUUUAUGGAGCAUUACCAUCAAGUCAAAAGUUUGCUUCUUUGUCGCAUCUUGCAAUCGCUGAUUGUCAACGCAUCGCCGACAAUUUGGAAAGAUUGUGGAGGGUUGAUGCUGUGAAAGAAAAAUCGCUUCUCACGUCCGAGGAAGCGCGUUGUGAACAAAUUUUCAGCGAAACUAUAAAGCGAGCUGAAGACGGUCGGUAUUCAGUUGCGAUGCCAAUUAUGGACAAUCCACCUAAAUUGGGCAAUUCUUUGCGUGCAGCCAUAGCACGUCAAUUACAAAAUGAGAGAUGA